CUGCGUCUCACUAAUAAUUGCGCUGAAUAAUUCAUCUGGUGGGCGCCAGUUGGUAUAUAUAUAUAGCAUGGAAGAUAUGGAAGUCGUUCCUCGUACACUUGAUCAUUUACCCCUCAACAUGCAGCCGCCAGCAAACAAGCCCGCACCCGCCAUCCCAUACUUUACCCCUGCGCAGGUCCCCGCUGCAGGCACAGCAUUCGACCCCCAGCCCGAUGGAACUCGUAUACCAAAGUUGUUCCAGCCCAUCAAGAUUAGAGGGACAACAUUCCACAACCGUAUCUUCCUAUCUCCACUGUGUCAAUAUUCUGCAGACGACGGUCAUCUCACGUCCUGGCAUAUGGCGCACCUGGGCGGCAUCUUCACGCGCGGUCCUGGUCUCUCUAUGAUCGAAGCCACAGCGGUUGUCGCAGAGGGUCGCAUCACUUCUGAGGACGCAGGUCUCUGGAAAGACAGCCAAAUCGAACCCCUCCGCAAGAUAGUCGAGUUUGCCCAUUCACAAAACCAAAAGAUCGGCAUUCAGCUUGGCCACGCCGGCCGGAAAGCGUCCACUGUUGUGCCGUGGUUAAAUACGGGUCUUGUAGCGACUGAGAGCAUAGGCGGAUGGCCAGAUAAUGUAUGGGGGCCUUCCACGGUCCCUUACAAGGACACCUUCCCUGUGCCUAAGGAACUAUCGAAGGCGCAGAUCAAGGCGACCGUCGUCGCAUUUGCAGAAGCUACGAAGAGAGCGUUGAAAGCUGGCAUUGACGUCAUUGAAAUUCACAACGCACACGGCUAUCUACUACACUCUUUUUUGAGCCCCGUCAGCAACACACGCACAGAUGAAUAUGGCGGCAGCUUCGAGAAUCGCAUUCGUCUAACUCUCGAGGUCGUGGAUGCUAUCCGUAACGUUAUUCCUGAAGACAUGCCACUCUUCCUGAGGAUUUCUGCGACUGAAUGGCUCGAAGAAGCGCUUCCAAAUGAACCAUCGUGGCGUGUCGAGGAUACCGUCAGACUUGCUGGCAUUCUUGCCGAGCAUGGCGUUGACUUCCUCGACGUCUCUAGCGGUGGAAACCACCCAAAAGCCAUCAUGAAAUCCGGGCCGGCAUACCAAGCGCCGUUCGCACAGGCAGUCAAACAAGCUCUUGGGGAUAAGCUUGUCGUCGGGUGUGUCGGGUCAAUCGCCAAUGGCAAGGUCGCCCAAGAAGUGCUUGACAAAGGUCAAGCCGAUGUCGUACUGGUUGGACGACAAUUCCAAAAGAACCCGGCGAGUGUUUGGGCGUUUGCGUCAGACCUUGGCGUCGCGAUCAAGAUAGCGAACCAGAUUGGGUGGGGCUUCGGGGGUCGAGGUAGCAGUCAUAAGAAGAUUGACUGGUGAUUGCAAUGGUUAGGAGUUUUGAUACAAUGUAUAUGGGGCGAACAGGAAUGUCGCGUAUACCCACGCACAAUUACGGAGACACGAAGACCUUGAAUCACAAGAUGUUGAAGCAAAGCCCAUGUUGCAUAACUCGAAGUGACCCACCGGCAAAGUCAAGAUUGGGCAUCGUGACAGCGAAUAGUGAAUGUCCAACUUCUGAUCACGAAGCUGUCCUCAAAUCACUUCAAGUAUCAGAGGCGCAAAUCGAUCGCCCAAGAAUUAUGCUGUCAACUCACUCCCAGAAAGCCCUCCCGA